AUGGCCAAUCGAGGUAUCGUUAACUUUGAUGAUAUCUACUAUGACGGACAGUACUCUGCACCCCAGCCAGAAGAUCAUGAAGUAAACAAUAACGAGGCUCUGCAUGCAAAAAUGGCGCCCUUUGCUUCCUCAAUUCCGGUAGAAAAUUAUGUUUAUCCACCCCACAAUCCCAUGCUUGAGUAUGACCCUGCAACAAAUACCUCGAUGCCAAUGGGUUUAGGCCCGGGCGACGGGUUCCCUUACGAUAUCUCUACGCAUCCGUCGUCUACUUUACCUUUGGGUCACAGACUAGAUAACAUUGCUUCCUUACAACCACGAGCUUCCAGACCGGAGAAUAUCUCCGCACAUUCCACCACGCAAUCUCGAGAAUACACCACGAGCAUGAGCUGGAACCAGCCUCAUAUUCCUAGUGGUAUUACAUCUUCAACUCAAAGUGCGCUUUCUCAGCCAUGGGCAGCCACUCGCAACGUUGAGCCUUCAACGGACCAAGCUUCCCAAGCUCGGCAGCACCAAAAUGUCCAGCGUCUUCCCCAGGCCUCGGUAUCGGGGCCACCCCACCGGUUCAUUCAACCAAAAACAUUGUCAGGAAAGAGCUAUACUUUAGCUAUCCCGAAAUCAGAAACUACCCGAAAAAACACGCCAUAUCCUAAUAUCCAUUCACGAAGUGGAUUUGAUAUAAUGGGUAUUUUGGCCCGAGUGGUAUCACGACACGACCCUAAAAUCGACCUAGGUCCUGUCGAUCUCUCAUGCGCCUUUGUACUUUGUGACCUUACUUUAGAAGACCACCCGAUUGUCUAUGUUUCGAACGCGUUUGAACAGCUAACAGGAUAUACCGAAAGGGAGAUUGUCGGGAAAAAUUGUCGUUUUCUACAAAGUCCAAAUGCUCAGGUUGAAAGGGGCGAGCCUCGAAAGUUUGUCGACUCAUAUACGGCUUUACGUUUACGCUACGCAAUCGAGAAACUGUCGGAACUUCAAGUAAGCAUCAUCAAUUACAGGAAAGGAGGACAGCCAUUCAUGAACCUGGUGACGAUGAUUCCAGUGCACUGGGAUUCCAAGGACUACUUUGUGGGGUUUCAAGUCGAUUUGGUCGAGCGGCCGGAUGCUGUCACUAAGAGGAAUCCCGAUGGUACUUACAUGAUCGAUUAUCACCGGAGCCAACUACCGAAUUAUGCUGUACCCUCGCCAGAUAUGUAUCAGGAUUACCGUGAUCCAGCCACUCAGAUUAGCCCAAGUCAAGUGUCUGCUAUACUAGACAGCGUUGUUACUGGCCAACCGGUAGCCAGGGGUCAUCUGCAUCAUAUGCUAGUAGAGAACACUGGCGACGUCAUCUUUGUUCUAUCCUACGAAGGGGAAUUCCUCUAUCUGUCCCCCUCUUGCCGAACAAUGCUAGAGUACAAAUCAAGCGACCUCCUCGGCAAAACGCUAUCCACAAUCUGCCACCCGAGCGAUAUUGGGCCUGUCACUCGGGACUUGCGAGCCUGCACCUCUGAUGACCCUAUUAGCGUAAUAUAUCGUAUCCGGAGAAAGUAUAGCGGAUUCACCUGGUUUGAAAACCAUGGAAAAUGGCAUAUCACCGGAAAAGGCCGACAAUUUAUGGUCCUAGUCGGCAGAAUCAUCUCCGUAUACUCGUCGAUCCAACUCGCUGAUCUUGAGCACGGCAGCCUAAUGGAGAAUGAUCUCUGGGCCAAACUAUCCUUGUCAGGGAUCAUCCUGUUCAUGUCCUCAAAAUCCCGCGCAGUCCUUGGCCGUUCACCCGACGAUCUCAUGGGCAAAUGCAUACAAGACAUCCUCGUAAACGACAACUUACAGUCAGAACCUGGAAUCCAGCAAGCGCUAGAAUCUUCCCGUAACUACCAACAAACUACCAUCACGCAUCAAAUCCGCCACCGAAAGGGCCAUGCCUUGGCCACCCAGAUAACUCUAUACCCAGGAGACAUGCCAGAAGAUGACUCAAAACCCAACUUCCUCAUCGCUCACCUUCGCUUCCCAAAAUUCGUCCAACCACAACAAGAACCAUCAUUAAGUACAACGGACGACCGGAUACGGAGCCAAAACAGAAGCCAAAACUCAGGUGAUGCUAGGUCUGGAGAUACACGCCAGCUGCAAUCGGCCGAAUCAACACUUCACCUGAGACCUCACCCCAACUUUCCGCACCCAUUCACCACGUCCUUUGCAACACUAGCCGUGCCAUCAUCUCUUGUCAGUGAAACCAGCUCCGGCUCGACCUCUGCCGCUGCCGCCCAUCUCUUCGAAGAAUUAAAUCCUACUAGAGGCUCAAGCUGGUAUUUUGAGCUGCGCGAGUUGGAAAAGCAGAAUCGUGGGUUAGUAGAGGAAGCCCAGCGCCUCCUUUCUAGGAGAAAGAAACGGAAGAGAAAACAGAGCUCUGCUGUCAUCGAGAAAAGUUGUGUUAUGUGUCAGACUAAGACGACGCCGGAGUGGCGACGGGGACCGAGUGGAAAUAGGGAUUUAUGUAAUAGUUGUGGAUUGAGGUGGGCGAAGCAGAUGAGAAAUGCGGCGCAGCUGGAGAAACCAGUUGCCGUGGCAUAG